AUGGCAUCCGCCAGCGCCACCUACGCGCUCCCCAUCGACUCCUCCCUCCACAUCCACCCCAAGCAUGGACGUGGCCACCACCACCACUAUAGCAACUCGCUGCUGCCCGACCGCUCGCCAAGCUGGUCUCCAGCCCACACCGGUGCUGCCCUGAAGAAAGCGCACUCGCACGGCAGCCUCCAAGCUCCCGCGCCUGCGCCUGCGUCCGCGCCCGCGCCACCAGUCCAGUCCUCCAACACUCUUCUCGCAGUCCCGGGCAGCCUCGGCGCCACCGAUUUUGGCUUCAUGAACGGCCGUCCGAGCCUGCGCCCGCGCGGCGAGUCUGACCUUGGCCGCCCCGCCUCAGUUGGCCCGGUAGAGACGUCGCCCGGCUACGGAUUUCCGCCCGUGGGCAAGCACACCGAAGACACUGUGCCAGCUAGCAAGGCCAUUGCCAUCCUUACUGGUGUACUAGUCCCUCUCCCCUACGUUCUUGCCUCAUUGGCCUUCGCCACGCGCCCUCAGUCCUCAACCCCAGACGCACAGCUCGAUUCUGCUCUCGACAGGUUGCGCGCUUCAGUGUCAGAGGAGACACCGCCCGCGCUUCUCGUCCAGCCACAGACCCGCUCGCCACUGCUCGAAACAUGCAUUCUCGCCUCCGGGACGCUCCUGCUCACCGCGCUUUGGGCCACAAUCAAUCCGCAUGCUCGACCUCUUGACCGGAGAAGAGCAAAGUACGUGGGGAAGGGGGAGUCAGCGCGUGCUCUGGGACAAAUCAAGCAGUUGGCCAAGACCACUCUCAGCGUUGGAUUGCCCUUCUAUGCGGCCGCGCAACUCGGCGGUGUUCGCGCAGGUGUGGUCAUCUUAGCUGCCAUUGCCUAUGGCCUGUGUGGCACGAAUGCCUCGCAUGCUGCGCCUCGACCUCUUUUGGCCGUUCGGCGCCUCUUUCAGGAUAAGCGCGUACUCUGCGCUUACUUUGGCCUUGGCCUUAUCUGCGAUAUGAUGGGGUUCUCGGCUUCAAUGAGCGCAUGGCAGCUUGUGACCGGUUACCUGGCACUUGCGACGGCGAUCUUUGUCCUUCCACCGCCAAUGCCGAUCUCCGUUCAUACCGUUCCACCGCCUCCACAAGCCAAUGGAAUCAACGGUGGUCUUUCACCGCUGAUUGAAAGUCCGGAGAAGGUGCCCGUAGCACUGAGCUCUGCUUCAGUCACAACUUCCCCACUCGUCUUGUCUCAAGACGACGUAACUACGACUUUGGUUUCAGGUGUUCUUCUCAGCGUUUUCACCAUCCUCUUUCUUUCAACCUUUCAAACAACGCCGCUUUUCACUACUUCGACGGUGUUUAUUUCCUUGCUUUCCUCGGCCGCUGCCGCGAGCUUCUACGUCUUUGCGAAACCUGCGGCUUUGCGGUCAUCGGACAAGUCAGCUCUCAUUGCUGGCUGCACCUCUACAGUGGUGACCGCGCUAAUCCAUCCAUCGGAUUCCUGGACAUCUUCCCUGGUUGAUAUUAUUUUUCCAGGUCUUACAUACUUUGCAGUCUCCAAAGAGGCUGUGUUAGCUUCUGUGCUUCACAAACAUGACCAUGACCAUGAUCACAAGGCUCAUCAUCACCACCAUGCACACGGCCCACACGCCCACGACAAGCACUCAAGGCUCACCGGUCUUCUUCUGAGAAAUGUCGAGGCCGGAGGCCUCCUACACAGCAUCAUUGUGGAGAAAGACUCCCGCCGCAUUGCCUAUUUUGGAUGCCUAAACCUCGCCUUUAUGGCAGUCCAAUUCUUCUACGGCUUCGUCACCGGCUCGCUGGGGUUGCUCACCGACAGCAUCCACAUGUUCUUUGACUGUGCUGGGUUGGCUGUCGGUCUCAUUGCUGCUGUUAUGAGCAAGUGGCCGUCGAACGCUCGAUUCCCGUACGGCUACGGCAAGGUUGACACUCUAUCGGGCUUCGCCAACGGCAUAUUCCUGGUUCUCGUGAGUUUCGAAAUCAUUCUGGACGCCUUCGAACGCAUUUGGGAAGGCCAUGAGCUUCACCGCCUGGAUGAACUUCUCAUCGUGAGCGUGCUUGGCCUGGUAGUCAACAUUGUCGGCUUGACGGCCAUGGGUCAUGCACAUGCGCAUGCACAUGGCGGCCAUGACCAUCACCAUGGUGACGAGAAUAUGCACGGCAUUUUCCUACACAUUAUGGCAGAUGCCCUUGGUUCCGUCGCCGUCAUUGUUUCCACGCUCCUCACGAAAUGGAACGGCUGGAACGGCUGGGACCCUCUUGCAUCGUCGAUCAUUGCGUUGUUGAUUUUCUUCUCUGCGCUUCCACUCACCCUGGGAUCUGGCAUGCGGUUACUGCUCUGCAACAACCAGCAGGUUGAAGAUGCACUAAAGGACGUCCUUCGCGAUCUCAAUUCCAUCCGCGGCGUUGCGCCGCACAUGAGAGAGGUCACGGACACUCGCACGCCCACGACCACACAGAGGGGCAUGAAUGCGGACAGGUCCACGACCAUUUGCACGAGCAUAGCAACAGCCACGAUCAUCACCAUGAUCAGCAUCACUCUCAUUCGCACGAUCACGAUCACGAUCACGAUCACGGUCACGAUCACGGUCACGGUCAUUCGCAUUUGCACGGCCAUGAUCACGACCAUUCCCACUCGCACAGCCAUGGCCAUGACCAUAGCCAUGACCACGACCAUGACCACGACCAUGACCACGACCACACGGAGCAGCAGAUCUUGGGCGUUAUCCACGUGA